AAUAAAGGGUAAUCCCCGAGGAACCGAUUCGAAACAAUCAAAUAGCUCCAGGACUCUAACCCAAAGAACUGAGCGAGCCAAAUCGUCGAACAGAUGGAAGCCAUGGACACGGAACCGUCCUCCCCUGCGCCGGCAGCAGCCGUCAAUCUGCCUCCUCCGCCGUACCAUCACUGCCCAGCUCCAGCUGAUGAGGUUGCAGCGACGCCGCAGCCGAAGCCGAAGCAAUCAACCGCGGGGCCGGGGCUGAGGACACCCUCGCCGCCGCCGUCGGUUCAGGUGUCCGGGUACUCUCUACACGACCUGCUGCUGCUGUCCCCGCCACCCCCGAGCUCACGCCGCCACCGGUCGAGUACGCGUGGGGCAGCUGGGACGAGCGUGGACGAGAGCCUGGAGAUUGUUGCGGUGGCGGGGACGCCCACGCCUCCAAGGCGCAGGCGGCGCGGGGGCGCGGAGCAGUGUGUGACGCCCGUUCUGGCGUCCCCGAGGAAUGCACGACGGGCGAGACGGAGGCUGGAGAAGGACGUCGAGGCGGUUGAGGACGCCGGCAGGAGGGCCCGCAGGAGGAAGUCCACAAGGGCUGCGCCGAAAGCUGCAGCGGCUGCCGACAAGGCAGAGGCGGCGCUGAACGAGGAGGAUAUAACCAUGGCUGUGGUCCCGGCUUGUCCUGCUGCUACCUGCGGAACUGACUUCCUGGAGCAAUCUGACUUGGAAGGUCUCUGGGAAAGGAUCGUUGAAUUGGUGAUGUGGAGGAAUAUGGCUAAAUCAGCACUUUGGUUCGGAUUUGGAUCGAUGUUCUUCUCAUGCUCAUUGUCAAGAGACGUCACCUUCAGCCCAAUCUCAGCUCUCUGUCACCUCGGCGUUAUGAUCUUAGGCUUAGCUUUCUUCAAAGAUUCUGUUCCUCAGAGGCCGCAGGUGGAGAAUGAGAGAAGGUUCCGGUUGACUGAAGAAGACAUGCUUCGUGCUUCUCAAGCUGUGCUUCCGUUUGCAAACUCCAUGAUAUCGACGGCGCAAGUGAUUUUCUCUGGUGAACCUUCAAUGACUCUCAAAGUAUUGCCUUUACUUCUGUUCGGUGCUAAAUAUGGGGGCCUUGUUACAGUGUGGAGGCUUUUAGCUGCAGGAUUUUUCAUCAGUUUUACAGUCCCAAAGCUAUAUAGCUGUUAUUCAAGUCGUAUUCAUAAAAGAGUUGAGAUUUUGAGAGAUCAGGCUCUAGAAGCGUGGAAGUCUUGCCCACGCAAAAAACUUGUUGCAGCUAUUAUAGUAACAAUGUUCUGGAACAUGUUCAGUGUGAAGACACGCGUCAUGGCAGCCUUUGUUUCACUUGUAAUACUGCGCUAUAAUAAGAAACACCACAAGGCAGCAGAAGUUGGAAGUUACCGAGAUGAGCAGGGGCAGACAAUGGAGAUGGAUAGCUAAAAUUUUCAGUACUAUGCGGUCCUAAUGAUGUAGGGUUGUCAGAGUGCAGCCACAAGUACUGCUACUAUUUCUGUACAAUAAUAUUCAGUUAGUUCCAUGUCUAGUGGUCCUACUAGCUAAGAUGUAUUUUCUGUACGUUGCAUAAGGGAGCCUUUGCAAACAAUGGAGAUGGAUAACCAAAGUUUUCAGUACUAUGCAGUCCUAAAUGAUGUAUGAUUCCCAGAGUGCAUUCCUAAAUGAUGUAUUAUUCCACAGUGCUGCUACUAUUUCUGUGCAAUAAUAUUCAUUUAGUUCUGUCU